AUGCACGGCGUGGGUGCGGUCAUCCUACUUCAGCAUAGUCCAGUCUACACCCUAGGCGCCGGAUCCACGAUAGACCACCUGAGGUUUGACCCUUCCAACCCUCCUCAUCCCCUCUUCCGGACCGAGAGGGGUGGUGAGGUGACAUACCACGGCCCCGGUCAGCUCGUCAUGUACCCCAUCCUGGACCUGAAGCAGCUGACCCAGGAUCUGCACUGGUACCUGCGCAGCCUGGAGGAGGUAGCCAUCAGGGCCCUGGAGGCGGUCUCUGGCAUAGAGGGCAAGCGGGAGCCUGGACGCACAGGGGUCUGGGUGGAUGGCCGGAAGCUGGCAGCCAUAGGUGUGAGAGCGCGGCGCUGGGUGACGUGCCAUGGACUCGCCCUCAAUGUGGCGCCGGACCUUGGGCCCUUCAGCUCCAUCGUUCCCUGUGGCAUCGCUGGCCGGGAGGUGGGAUCGGUAUGGGAAGCCAGCCGAGAGGCGGAGGACGACCGCCAGGACAGCAGCAUCCAAGCACAGCAGGCCCAGCUGCUGCGAGAGUAUGCUGUGGCCCUUCUGGAGGCAGCAGAAGAUGUGUUUGUGAUGCGACUCGUGCCGGGAGAGGAGCCCUUGAAGGCCCUGACUGCCCCUGUUUGGUUGGAGGAAUGCCGGAUGGGAAAGUGCUGA